UUUCAACACAUAAGUCUUAAAACAUUUCAAAUAUUUAAGUCUAAAAACAACUACAAACAUAAAAAUCCAUCAUUUGGAGCUUGCAAUUAUAGUAUUUCGGUUUUUCGGUCGGAAAUUCGGUUCGGUUGAAAGAGCCCUGAUUUCCGAACUAUCCAUAUUUUCCUUCCGAAUUCCGAACCGAAUAGCAUUAAUUCGGUUUCAGUUCGGUUUAAUUCGGUUUCGGUUUCGAUUCGGGUUUACCGAACCGUUUGCCCACCCCUACAUCCUACAACAACGGAAGGCCCUGUUAGCAGAACUUGAAGCACUAGAGAAGGAGGAGCAAUACUGGUAGCAUAGGUCGCGAAUGGAUUGGCUAAGAGAAGGCGAUAAGAACACAACGUUCUUUCACAAGAAGGCGUCGGCCCGGAGGAAGCGGAAUGCUAUUCGGAAGCUUAGAGACCACACCGGGCGAUGGUUUGUUGGGACUCAACUUGUGAAAGUCUGUCUAACGCAGUACUAUGGUGAUAUUAUUACUAUAGGACCCGAGCCAGAGGCAAAAACAAUUCUUGAUUCGAUUCUGACUACAGUUGGAGAGGAAGAGAACAUGGAGUUGUUGAGACCAGUGACGCAAGAUGAAGCUUGGUUCGCUUUACAGGGUCGCGCAAGGCACCUGGAGCGGAUGGUUUUUCGGCACAUUUUUUCAAGAAAUAUUGGGAGGUGGUGGAGGAUGAUGUGGUGGCUACAGUGCGGCGAAUCAUUGAGGAAGGAAAUGGAGUUGUUGAGACCAGUGACGCAAGAUGAAGCUUGGUUCGCUUUACAGGGUCGCGCAAGGCACCUGGAGCGGAUGGUUUUUCGGCACAUUUUUUCAAGAAAUAUUGGGAGGUGGUGGAGGAUGAUGUGGUGGCUACAGUGCGGCGAAUCAUUGAGGAAGGAAGAAUACCUGCCGGACUCAACCAUAGAAUUAUUGUGCUAAUACCGAAAGUGAAGUCUUCGGCUUCGCCCACAGAGUUUAGGCCGAUCAGCCUAUGCAAUGUAGUAUACAAAUUGGCAUCAAAGGUGAUGGCGAAUAGGUUAAAGAGCCUACUGAACAAAAUUAUCUCUCCGGCACAAAGUGCCUUCGUGCCGGGGAGAUUCAUUACGGAUAAUGUGAUGGCUGCAUUUGAGUGUUUUCAUACCAUGAAGAAAAGGAAGAAGGGAAAGGCGGACUUUAUGGCAGCAAAAAUCGACAUUGCAAAAGUAUAUGACCGGGUAUAGUGGCACUUCUUGGAGGGAGUAACGAGGAGGAUGGGAUUUUGUGAACAAUGGAUAAGCCGGAUUAUGCUGUGUGUUUGUUCUGUUACUUAUUCCAUCUCAGUAAACGAGCACCGUUCUAAUUGCAUAGUUCCGGGACGUGGACUCAAGCAAGGUGAUCCGCUCUUGCCCUAUUUAUUCCUGUUAUGUGCAGAGGGACUAUCCGCGUAUACUGAUUUGGCCGUCAGUGACCAUCGAUUACAUGGAUUACAGUCUGCAGCGGGGGGCACCGGUGAUUUCCCACCUUUUUUUUUUGCAAAUGAUAACAUCUUUUUCACUAGAGCAACGCAACAGGAAAGCCUCACUCUAAAGGAGAUACUUGCGGCAUAUGAGAAUGAAUUUGGACAAAUGGU